UCUCUCCGGGGCUCUUAGCGGUUGCCGGGGUGACGGGCGGCAGCAGCACCUGCUAAGUGGCUGGAGUGAGAGAGUUACAAUGACUGAGCUGCAUGCCUGCAAGACCUCCUGCUGCAUACAAACACACACGGGUGGCUAAGCUGAACAGGGUUGAGCUGGUUUCAGGGCGGCAGUGGUGGGGUGUGUGUUGACACUAUUGCUUGUCGCUGACAGAAAAUGGCUACUUUAGACUCCGUGCUGGGUGAGCAGUAUUACAGGGACGCUAUGGAGCAGUGUCACAACUAUAAUGCCCGUCUGUGUGCAGAGAGGAGCGUCAGGAUGCCCUUCCUCGAUUCUCAGACAGGUGUCGCCCAGAGCAACUGCUACUUCUGGAUGGAGAAACGGCACAGAGGACCAGGUGUUGCCCCAGGUCAAUUGUACACAUAUCCAGCACGACGCUGGAGAAAGAAGAGGAGAGCUAACCCUCCAGAGGACCCUCAUUUAGCCUUCCCAUCUCUAAAGUCCGAGCUGGAUCUGGGGCUUAAGAAAGAUGUUUUCUCCAGUGAUGGCAGCAGCUUAGAGGCACUUCUGAAGGGAGAGCCAGUGGACAAAAGAUCCGGGUUGGAGCUCCGCACAGCGGAAGAGGAGCCCAGCUCUACAGAGUACUCUUCCGGGGGACUAAACCCCAGCAGCAGGGUCCGUAAGAGAAUUUUGGAGCCAGAUGAUUUUCUAGAUGAUCUAGACGAUGAAGAUUAUGAAGAAGAUACUCCCAAGAGACGGGGAAAAGGCAAGGGAAAGGGUCGUGGUGUCAGCAGCGCUCGGAAGAAGUUGGAAGCAGCAGCUGCUUUGGAGGAUCGAGACAGACCGUACGCUUGUGACAACACUUUCAAACAAAAGCAUAUUUCAAAAUCUUCCGAAAGAGUCUGUGGGAAGCGCUAUAAGAAUAGGCCUGGUCUCAGUUAUCAUUACGCCCAUUCUCACUUGGCUGAGGAGGAGGGGGAGGAGAAGGAUGAGAUGGACAUUCGUGAACCAACUCCACCCCAACAAGACGAACCAAAGACUCCUAAGAAGGGCCCAGACGGUUUGGCUCUGCCAAACAAGUACUGUGAUUUUUGUUUGGGAGAUACCAACCUGAACCAGAAAACCGGCCAAUCAGAAGAGCUUUUGUCCUGCUCAGACUGUGGCCGUUCUGGUCACCCCUCGUGUCUGCAGUUCACUCCAGUGAUGAUGGCUGCUGUGAAAACCUAUCGCUGGCAGUGCAUUGAAUGCAAGUGCUGUAAUAUAUGUGGAACAUCAGAAAAUGAUGACCAGCUGUUGUUCUGUGAUGACUGUGAUCGAGGUUACCACAUGUACUGCCUCUCACCCCCUAUGUCUGAACCUCCUGAAGGAAGUUGGAGUUGUCAUCUGUGUUUGGCCCUCUUGAAAGAGAAGGCCUCUAUAUACCAGAAUCAGAAUACACCGCCCUCAUGAUGGCCUUUUGGAAAGACAGACCCUCUUUCUCAUAGUUCCCUCCAAGAUUUGUCUGUUCAAUUUAAGCAAACAAAACGGGUCGAACAGAAGUUGUAGUGGAACAGAAAAGGGACGACCACCUUGCCCAGGCCCGCAGACACAAAUGGAGGGAGGAAAAGAGAGGGGGAGUGAGAAAAAGAGUGCCCUCCUUCUCUUAGUUCUCUUUCACAUCUCAGUAGGUUUGAUCUCAGUAUGACUGUUACACAGUUCCAAGUUUCAAACUACCCCUGCUCUUUGUUUUCAACUAUUAGCCACCCCACAACUAACAAAGCACUUCCAUAGCAAAUGUCAAAGCCAGUCAGAAACUCUCUUGACCCUUACAGCAGUACAUACUUAGAGGAAGUCACUAUGAGAAUAUUAUGACUCUGUUUUUGAGUUCCUGCUCAUAUUAGACCUGAUAUUUUCACCCGUUUCUGCAGACACUGUUUAAUAGAAAACAAAUAAUUAGCUGCAGCUUAUAUCAGCCACAAUAAAUAUUGCAUAUUCAGCCAUAUCCAAAAUACUCUGUACUGACACUGUGCUUAUCACAGAGAGGAAUAGUUGAAACCAAUCAGCAUGCCAAUGCUUGUUCAUAAUAAGCAAAAUAGAAAAGAAACAGUAAUGUGUUUUUGUAUAUUUAUAAAUUUGUAUAGCAUAAAGGUGUGCCGUAUUUAAGAUCCUAAACAAUAGAAAUGGUUUAUUAUUAUGAUGGGAGUUUCUUGGGGAUUUUUUUUUUUUUGUAGUGAUGGCAUCUGUAUAUGCCACUGAAGCACAGAGUCUAGCAGUCAGUGUGUGAGCUCUUUACUAACUAAUGGGUUAAUGGUGCAGGUAAGGGUAGUGAUUUUAAAUUAUAUUUUUAUAUUGUUAAUAAUUUUUGCAUUUUUAGACGUCCUUAAGAUGUUCAGAAAUCGGUUAAAAUUUAGUUAAAGAUGGUUAAGACGUCAGGUAAAUGAGGAAUAGGAUUGAAAGAGAGGACUAAAAAAAGAAAAAGUCCAGUAUAAAAGAACGUCCAGAAACUAUAAUAACUGUUGGCAAUUAAUUGAGAUAUAGAACAAUGUAUUGCAGGCUACACUGAGAUCAGUUUGUGGAUGUUCAUAGUUUGAUAGAUUCUACCAAGAAUGGUAAAUCCUUUCAAAGUAAUUCUGAAGGAUUCGCUGUUGAGUACAUGAAAAAUUUCUAUAGUGUAAGGAGAUAAGUGGACAAAAACUUCAAUGCCGUAAUUGUCAUGUUUACUGUGAUGACAUCAUUGAUUACAGCCAUACAUAUAACAUAAACAUUCUUUUAUUAAAUUAACAUUAAAUUGCCAAUUUCCAGUUGCCAGCUUGUGUAGGAUAUUGAGCAAAAGUUCUUCUGGCACGCAGAAACCGAAAGGUCUGCCUCUGGACGUGAGCCGUGUUAAAUAACAGAAUUUCAGUUUUUCUGAAGAAAAAAAAAAUCAGUUAUACCCAGAAACCACCACUGAGGAAUAGAGAUAUCAGAAUGACUUUGAGCAUCACAUGCUUGGUUAGCCAGUAAAUUCAUUUUAGUAUGGCUUAACCGAGAGACUGCUUUCAGUCCUUUAAUCUGAGGUCUGUAUUGGCAUCUUUAUGGCAUCAGAUAUGUGCCAUUUAACUUAAAUUUUUAAGAAAACUGGUAAAAUUGUCAUCCCUUAAAGGGAUAGUUCACACAAAAAUGAAAUGGCCAACAUUUACUCACAAACCGAUAUAACUUUCUUCUGUGAAACAUAAUUGGAAAUGAGAAAUGUCUUGCUUUGGUCACCAUUGACUCCUAUUGUAUGGUCAAUAAAAAACAAAAUCCCAAAAUCAACUUUAUUCAAAAUAUCUUCUUUAGAGUUCCACAGAAAAAAAGUAAGUCAUACAGCUUCUGAAUGGCAUGAGGGUACCUAAAUGGUGACGGAAUUUUCGUUUUUUUGGCUGAGCUGUACCUUUAAUUAGGGAUUGAAUUAUGGUAGUGAAGACAGAGAGGUUGUUGAAGUGACCCAGUGCUAAAUUCAGUACAACACAGAUGUGAAGUAUGGUAUUUGCUGAAUUUGCCAGAGCUUAGUUUGACUUCCUAGAGCAAGCUGAGGCAGAUAUACAGCCUGCUUCAAAUGUUCCCCUAUUUUCCUGUCUUCUAUUGCCAUUUUUCUUCACAAUCCAGCCAAAACUUCCUUUGUUUAAAGAAUAAAUCUAGAGCACUGCACGCAGUUGGCUCUUUUAGCCGUUCGUUGUAAAUGUAUACUGAAUGAAGAAAUGAAUUGACCUGAGAUGAGUUCUGUAUACUCUGUAAGUCUUCAGUUUCAAAAUAACUGCAGACCUCCAUAAAGGUUUAGGCUUAUAUCAGAUACUGAUACAUUAAUUAUUGCUCAUGGCAUUCAUAACAUGUACAGGAUCUUAUCAUUGUUUUAUUUUUCAUUCUCAGUUUAGUUACUGCAUGUCUACCUUACAUGGUCAUUUAUACAUAACACAUAACAUUUAGCUUACACUCACUUUGUUGUACUCUCACAGUACCAGCAUAGUAAAAGAUUAUGGGAAAUUUGAUAACUUAGGUUUAUGGUAUCAGCCAACUAACUAUUAUUAAAAUAAUUAGAAAAUAUAACAGUUUACUUUUCUUGUUUUUUUUUAUUUGUAUUUUUUAAACUACACCCUUUAUCUAAAGACAAAGUGGCCAUUUGUUUUUGUUUUUCUUGUUUUGUUUUGUUUUGUAAUUUAAUUUUGCUUUA